AUGGUUAUGAAAGGAUCAAGAUCAACAACUCUUAAGAGAAAAGUAGAUGGAUUUCCUCCUACUACUAUUAAGAAGACCAAGAUUGCAGUACCUGAGUCUGAUAGUACCAAAUUCACGAGUCUUUAUGAAAUUGCUCCUGCGAAUUUAUUGCAUAUAUCCAGUCGUCAAUCAAAGGUUAGGCUUGUUCAUGCACAAAGAAAAGGUCAACGAAGCUUUGGAAAUCCUACCAACCAGAAAACAAAAGCAAUUUUGGGUGUAGGGGGCCUUAAUGAUCCAAUUGGAUCUGCGCAUGAUGUAACUGAUAUACAUGGGAUGUGUGAAGGUAAAAGUAAGUUAUCUGGUUAUAACUCUGUUCAAGCUUUAAGCAUUGCACUGUUUAAAUGCAUAAUUGUUGUUUACUAA